AUGAGAUGGCAGAUGAAAUGGAACAAAUGGGCUGUGUGUGCCAGCGUGUUCGUCAUCACAAUAACGAGGACAGGACCCGUGUUCAGCUUUGGAUUUUUCGUAGCGGAGUUCUAUAAGAUGUACCAAGUUAAUAUGGCAACUCUGACAUGGAUCUCUGUUAUGGCAGCUGGAAUGUGUGGCAUUCUAUCUCCCAUUCCCGUUUACGUCCUCAAAUAUUUCAACAAGCACGGAUACAUCGGAUGUUGUACAUUCGGGAUAGUGACGCAAUCAGUUUGUUUGUUCCUAUCGGCUCUCGUCAAGGAUGUUCGUUGGAUGUUUCUAACGUUUGGUUUGAUGUACGGGGUUGCGUAUUGUUUCGCUCACAUGUCUUCCUGUCUUUAUCUGAGCGAAAUUUUUCCAACUGGACAGAAAUAUCACAUUAUCGCUACUGCCACUAUCUGGGGCGGAUAUGCAACAGGGCAAAUUUUAUACAAUUUAUUGGUGGCCUGGCUGUUACAAAUAAUGUCUUGGGCAAAUGUUUUCAUUAUCUUAGGUGCGAUAAACUUGUUUCUGGGACUUUUGUGUGUUUCGUCGUUUCUGUUGAAGAAUGAUAUCAGUGAAAGUUCUUUUUCAUACUCAACACUGAACGAACAAGUAUUGGAGAAUAAUAAUAAUGAGCAAAUCAAUCAAAUCGACAAAACGGAAAACAAUCCAAACUCCAGAGAAACUAUUCAGAGUAACAAGCGCAACGAUAUUCUUCAAUGGUUGAAAAUAAUAUUUUGGCUCGUGGGAACAAUGUUUAGCAACGUGAUAAUGAUGGCCCUACCCGGAAGUUUCGUGAGAUAA